CCGCCGCCGCGGACAGCGUUCCCGCCUGAGGAGCGCGGGGUGGGCGCCCGGUGCAGGGGCGCGGACAGCGGGGAAGAAAAAGACACGGCAGCUUCCCGAGCUCUUCUAGCUGUGCAGCUUCCAGCCCUGCCUGGGCAGCGUCCCUGCCGACCGCGCGUUGCUCCGAACGUCCAGGCCUCCUCCAGGCCACGCUCCUGGGUGCAGGGCUUUCCCUGGCCUGGCUCUCCCGCUGCCCUUGAUGCGGUGAGAAUCUGGGAUGAAAAUACACCCGAGUGUUACCUUCCAUGCCUCGCAGAUCCCUAAGCACCUUAGAGACUGUAUUAGAACCGAAAUUCUCAAACUCAAUGUAGAGAUACGGGGUUGCGACAUGUAGCUAAGCAAGUGCUUGAAAUGUAGCUAACGCGAAUCAGGAUGUGCUGUUACUGUUAACAAUUCACCCUGGAUGUCCGAGACUAUUUCAAGAAUAAAUUUCACACGAACUAAAUGUUGAAAUGAUAAAUUCUAGAUAUAUUAAUUUCACUUUUUAAAAGAAUUUAAAAUUUUAAGUACACAUGGGGACAACAAUGUUCUAAAAAUGCAGUUACUUUGGAAAAUAAGGUAACAGUAAUUAUCCUAAUUUUAGGAUAAAUUUUAAAUCCAUACAGGAAGGUGCUAGUACUAAAUGUUUCCAUUUGUUUCUUUGGUCUAGAGGAGUUUAUAUUGUUUUUGCUUGUUUUAUGUUUAAACAAUGUUUAUUAUUUUAAAUGAUUUCCUUUUAAAUAAUCCAUGACCUCCCUUGGGAGAUUUCAGACGUGAAUUCAGUUUCAAAAAGAGGUUGUUUAUUUUAUUGUGAUUAUUUAAUAGUGAUUGAACUACUUCAAUCUUGUUAAAUGAUAAACUACAAUUAGAAAAGAGUUUAGGGUCUGUACUGUGAACCAAUCCUGGACUCACAAUGCCCUUGGUUCAAUUGGUGUAAAGUUAGUGGGGAAGAACAGUGCGUAGAAACUAAAUUCCCACUGUUGGCAGUUACUGGUUGAUAAAAUUAUAGUAGGAUAGAAUCCUAACAUUGAAAUCACAUUGCAAACAAAAAAAUUUAAAUGUCACGAUUUUAGCUAAUGGAGUCUAAAGCACACUUUAGAAAACUACUUUAACACUUUUAUUUUUCAAAUGAGAAUGCAUCUCACAUUCAGUGGCGUCUUACAAGUAAUUGGCAGGGUCUCCUUCCCCUCCCCAUAAUGUGAAUCUUAGUAAUAUGCAUCAUUUUUUUUUUUUUUCCUCCCUGGCUGCCUGAGGAUCUGUUGCCAUCAUGAAUGACACGGUAACUAUCCGGACCCGGAAGUUCAUGACCAAUCAACUACUUCAAAGGAAACAAAUGGUCAUUGAUGUCCUUCAUCCCGGGAAAGCAACAGUACCCAAGACAGAAAUUCAGGAAAAACUCACCAAAAUAUACAAGACUACACCGGAUGUCAUUUUUGUAUUUGGAUUCAGAACCCAUUUCGGGGGUGGCAAGACAACUGGCUUCAGCAUGAUUUAUGAUUCUUUGGAUUAUGCAAAGAAAAGUGAACCCAAACAGAGACUUGCAAGACACGGCCUGUAUAAGAAGAAAAAGACAUCAAGAAAGUGGAAGGAACUCAAGAACAGAAUGAAGAAAGUCAGGGGCACCACAAAGGCCAAUGUUGGUUCUGGCAAAAAGCUGAAAGAGUAAAGAUUUUGCAGUGCUUGUCUGCAGUGACCGCUGGUUUUUCACGAGAGGAUUAAUAAACUGUAAAAACUU